GGCCACGCGGAAAAGAACCAGCAGGAGGUCGAGACUUAGAACGAGGACCGGAAGGCCCCGGUGGAAUACUAACUUUGGAAUCCGGUGGACGCGAAAUCAUGGAGCCCACUUGCCAGGUUAAAGGCUACAAAGUGAACAAAAAAGCUGCCAAGCAAGUCGUCCACGAUGAUGAUCGAGCGUAUGGCAAAGAGAGCAACAACGUCAACUGUAACGACGACGAGAACAAUGACGAGAGCAAAUACAACGCUAAGAAGAGUCCAAAGGACAAUAACGGCAUCGCCAGCUCCAGUCCCAUCGGCGGUGCUAUAAUCAACAACAACAACAACAACAACAACAACAGCAACAACAACAGCAACAACAGGAACAGCAGCGCAAAUAAUAAGAAUAGCACAAACGUCGGCAACGGUAUCAGCAGCAGCAACAGCAGCAGCAACAGCAUUUCCAACGACAAGAUUAAUAGCAACGGUAAAGCAACGAAGAACGAUGGCAACUCUAAUAAGACUAUCGGUAAUGGAAAAUUGUCGACAAGCGGUGUUGCCGCCGAUAUCACCCAUAAUAAAGUGAUUAGUAACAAUGCGCCCACGACGAAUGGCCUUCCCCAUGAAAAGAAGAAGGUAAGCGGCGGUAGCGAGAGUCUCGACAAUAGCAGCGCCGUCAACAAGGUCGUUAUUGUCGGCCGUGGCACCGACGGCAAUGCCGAAACGACCAACGAGAUUAACGAGGAUAGCAGCAAGAAGGAGCGAAGUAACGAAACGCCGAAGCCAAAGGCGAGCGAUACCGAGAUCCAACAGAGGCGCGCUGUCCUUAGCUACGAGCAGGUUUGCCGACUCAAUGACGUGAUGAACGAAGUCGUCAGCAUCCACGGCAGGGGGAACUUCCCGACGCUUGAGGUGCGACUAUGCGAUUUGGUGACCGUGGUUAAGGACAAGCUCGAAGCCGAUCCGAGCAGCGGAGGGGCGGGCAUGAAGGUGCGCGACAUCAGGCUCAACGGUGGCGCGGCCUCGCACGUCCUCGCCACGGAAUCUCAGCCCUACAACGACUUGGAUCUGAUCUUCGGCGUUGAGCUGACGAGCGGCCGGAAUUACGACAAGGUCAAGGCAGCCGUCCUCGGCUCCCUCUUCGACUUGCUCCCGGAGGGCGUCAGCCGCAAGCGCAUAACGACCUGCAGUCUUAAGGAGGCCUACGUCAGUAAAAUGGUCAAGGUCAAUAACGACGGAGAUCGAUGGUCCCUGAUAUCGCUUGGUAACUCGCGGGGCCAUAGGAACGUCGAGCUCAAAUUUGUCGACACGAUGAGGCGGCAAUUCGAAUUCUCCGUCGAUUCCUUUCAGAUCGUCCUCGACUCCCUGCUACUGUUCCACGAGUGCAGCAAGGUCCAGAUGGACGAGAAUUUGUAUCCUACCGUAGUAGGUGAAUCGGUCUACGGGGACUUUCACGAGGCGCUCUAUCACCUCCAGAAGAAGCUCAUCUCGACGAGGCAUCCGGAGGAGAUUCGAGGAGGCGGACUGCUCAAGUACUGCAACCUAUUGGUGAAGAUGUACAAGGCCGCGCAGCCGAGCUACAUCAAGACUCUCGAGCGUUACAUGUGCUCCCGAUUCUUCAUCGACUUCCCGGACAUCGGGCAGCAGAGGGCCAAGCUCGAGAACUACUUAUGGAAUCACUUUGUCGGGCCGGAGGAAGAGGCUUUGAAGUACCAAUACUUGACGCUUUUACAUAGCGUUGUGGAGGAGUCAACGGUGUGCUUGAUGGGGCAUGAGCGACGGCAAACCCUUGCCUUGAUUGACAGCCUGGCCUAUCAGGUGCUUUGCCAGGAGCAGCAACGACUGACGAAUCAUCAAACGCCACCGACAGCCUACGUAUACGCCAACGGCUAUUAUUAUGCACCAGUCAUACCUACGGCGUGCUAUACGUGCACCUGCAACUCCUGGAUGGCUUGCUCGUCGUGAUGCGAUGAAAACAUCGAGAGCAGCCUUCAUAAGCGGGGCGAAGGAUAGAUGAACUAAUCGUGAGAAUGUAAUUGAG